GCGCAUAUCCCUCUCACCCAUCGCCAAAAAGAUUAAAGCUUCAAUUACAUCUUUGAAGUUAAAACUCUCUGCAAAUCUAACUAGGUGAAAAGAGAAAAAUGGUAGCCAAAUUGCCAGAGAAAGAGCAUCCCAAACAGUCAUUCGGAUGGGCAGCAAGAGACCAAUCUGGCGUUCUCUCUCCCUUCAAAUUCUCCAGGAGGGCAACGGGAGAGAAAGACGUUUCUUUUAAAGUCCUGUAUUGUGGGAUGUGUCACUCGGACAUUCACAUGGUCAAGAAUGAAUGGGGCUCUUCUACUUACCCUCUCGUCCCUGGGCAUGAGAUUGUGGGAGUGGUGACAGAGGUGGGGAGCAAGGUAGAAAAAUUCAAGGUGGGAGAUAAAGUGGGUGUAGGCUGCAUGGUUGGAUCAUGCCACUCCUGUGAUAACUGCACAAACAAUCUUGAAAAUUACUGCCCACAAAUGAUACUUACUUAUGGUGCCAAGUACUACGAUGGAACCACCACUUAUGGCGGCUAUUCCGACAACAUGGUUGCCGAUGAGCACUUCAUUGUUCGUAUACCAGAUAACCUGCCUCUUGAUGCUACUGCUCCUCUCCUUUGUGCUGGGAUCACUGUGUACAGCCCCUUGAAAUAUUAUGGACUCGACAAACCUGGCUUGCAUGUAGGCGUAGUUGGCCUCGGUGGGCUUGGUCACAUGGCGGUGAAAUUUGCCAAGGCUAUGGGAGCUAAGGUGACUGUGAUCAGCACCUCACCUAACAAGCAGCAGGAGGCUAUUGAGCGUCUUGGUGCAGAUUCAUUUUUGGUCAGUCGUGACCAAGAUCAAAUGCAGGUUGCAAUGGGCACAAUGGAUGGUAUAAUUGACACAGUGUCUGCAAUGCACCCUCUUUUGCCUUUGCUUGGUUUAUUGAAGUCGCAUGGAAAGUUGAUUUUGGUUGGUGCCCCAGAGAAGCCACUUGAGCUACCAGCCUUUCCUUUGCUAAUGGGGAGGAAGAUGGUGGGUGGUAGUUGCAUUGGGGGAAUGAAAGAGACACAAGAAAUGGUUGAUUUCGCAGCCAAACACGGCAUAACAUCGGACAUUGAAGUUAUCCCAAUUGACUAUGUGAACACUGCUAUUGAACGCAUGCUGAAAGCUGAUGUUAGGUACCGAUUUGUGAUUGAUAUUGGCAACACAAUCAAAUGAAGCCAUUGAAUAAGUUAAUUGAAUUUUCUUAGCCACUUGUUGAACUUAUGUUGAGGAUUUUGUACUCCAUAUAUGCCCUCAUCGUGAGGAGCGAUGUGUAAUAAAUUGAAUUCCAGUGA